AACAACCAAAGUCCUAACGGAAGAAAACAGCUGGGUUGGGCGGAGAAACCAAAAAUCUCUCAAUUCGCUCCUUCUCCUCACCUAGCUUUAUCUUCCAUUUCCAUUUCUAUUUCCGGCAGGUAAAAUGUCUUUCUCAAUGUCAAAAUCUUCACUCUCAGUCUCAAUCCCUAUACCGAAACCUUGCCGCUCCUCAUCAUUUCCACAUUCCCAAAUGAAAAUCCGAUUUGAAUCGCUAGAUUCAAAGUCUAAGAUUGAUGUGAAGACUUUUUCGUCUGCCGGAAAGCUGCUGGAGUCGGAGAGUAAUAGUGGGCCGUACCCAGGAGGGAUGUCCAAAAUGGGACCUUUCACGGGUAGGGAUCCCAACGUCAAAAAACCUGGCUGGCUGAGACAGAAGGCGCCUCAGGGGGAAAGGUUUGAGGAGGUUAAGGACUCCCUAUCUCGUCUUAAUCUCAACACCGUCUGUGAGGAAGCGCAGUGCCCCAACAUUGGAGAGUGUUGGAAUGGAGGUGGGGAUGGUAUUGCCACGGCAACAAUUAUGGUCCUUGGGGACACUUGCACUCGUGGUUGUCGAUUUUGUGCUGUAAAAACCAGUAGGAACCCUGCUCCACCGGACCCCAUGGAACCUGAAAACACUGCUCAGGCUGUUGCAAGUUGGGGUGUGGAUUAUAUUGUUCUAACAAGUGUUGAUCGUGAUGAUCUACCUGAUGGUGGAAGUGGACAUUUUGCUCAAACAGUUAAAGCAAUGAAGAAACUUAAGCCUGAGAUAAUGGUUGAGUGUUUAACUUCGGAUUUCCGUGGUGAUUUGAAAGCUGUUGACACUUUGGUUCACUCUGGAUUAGAUGUCUUUGCCCACAACAUUGAAACUGUGAAACGGCUUCAACGAAUUGUGAGAGAUCCUCGUGCUGGGUAUGAGCAGAGCUUAUCAGUUCUAAGAUAUGCAAAGCUCAGUAAGGAGGGGAUGAUAACCAAAUCAUCCAUAAUGUUGGGCCUUGGAGAAACUGAUAAUGAGUUAAAAGAAGCCAUGGCUGAUCUAAGGGCUAUAGAUGUUGAUAUUCUGACACUAGGACAGUAUCUACAGCCUACACCUUUACAUUUGACUGUAAAAGAAUACAUCACUCCAGAAAAGUUUGCCUUCUGGAAAGAAUAUGGGGAGUCAAUUGGAUUCCGUUAUGUAGCUAGUGGACCUCUGGUUCGAUCCUCAUAUAGGGCAGGGGAGCUAUUCGUCAAGACAAUGGUUAAAGAGAGGGCCAGAAACACAUCUGCUUCAUUCAACUGACUUAUGGCCAUUGAAUUUGAAUCAUCAAACUCUCGGUGAUGCUGUACCGACCAGUGAUGAGAUUCGGCGGCAUGCAUUUGAACCAGUUUGGUAAAAAGUGGUGUUCAAAAUUUUUUAAGGCUAAUAUUAUAUCCAUUGCUUUAUCUUUCUUUCUGGGCAUACAGCAGUUCAUUUCGGUGGCAUCUCAUCUAAAUUUUUUUGUCAUAGAUAGAAUCGAAAAUGUUGUUUUCCUGACUAUCCUUAUCUUGCUCCUGUUUUAUUAGACAACCUGACUUUGGUAAUGUAAGUUUCAUUUGUUACUGCUGUAUUGUAAUUAAAGGAUUUUUUGUCUU